UGACAGUGACAUAAGAUAUGCAACGCAUCUUUCUUUACCCGUGUGAAAUUUUGUCGUAUCAUUCCUCCUAGAAUCUACUUUGUAUUCGAAUUGAAAACGCCAGUAAAUAGUAUUUAACUAUGUCUGCUACUGCAUUGUUUGGGAACACAUCGGCUCUUGGAGGGAGUUCCGGAGGAAAUAAGCAUCUAGUAGAGUUUCGUGCCGGUAGAAUGACCCUCAAAGGUCGGAUGGUGCACCCAGACAAAAGGAAGGGCCUGCUUUACGUUUACCAGGGUGAAGACUCCCUGAUGCAUUUCUGCUGGAAGGACCGUACUACUGGGGAAGUAGAAGAUGAUCUGCUGAUCUUUCCUGAUGAUUGCGAAUUUGCAAGAGUUAAUGAAUGCACUACUGGCCGAGUGUAUGUUUUGAAAUUCAAGUCAUUUUCUAAGAAGUAUUUCUUUUGGAUGCAGGAGCCCAAGACAGAUAAAGAUGAUGAGCUGUGCCGCCGCAUCAAUGAGGCACUGAACAACCCGCCCACAUCUGGCGGACGCGGAGGUGGCAGUGGCAGUGGUGCGCAGGACGGCGAGCUGCAGAACCUGCUUAACAACAUGUCUCAGCAACAGCUCAUGCAGCUUUUUGGCGGAGUCGGACAAAUUGGUGGACUAUCUUCUCUCCUAGGCACUAUGGGGAACAACAGCAGCAGCGGCACGGGCGGGUCGCGGUCGUCGGGCAGCGGCGGCAGCUCGCGCGGCGGCAGCGCGCCGCGCCCGCCGCGCGCCGCCACGCCGCCCACCGCCGCCGGCCAGCCGCGUAGUGGCCAAAUAUUCUUGUCCGAUUUGCAACGUUACUUUUCUGGUCUGGGCACGGCGCCGGAGGGGGCGGCCGGGGUGGGUGCGGGGGCGGGGUCGGCGCCGCGCGUGGACCUGGCGGCGGCGCUGGCCGAGCCCGACGUGCUGGCCGCCGCCGCCGCGCCGCCGCACGCCGCGCGCCUGCAGCCGCACCUGCCGCAGCAGGCGCAGGACGAUGUAAGGACCACCCUGCUCUGUCCGCAGUUCGCCCAGGCGGCGAACCAGUUCUCUUCAGCGCUGACUUCAGGCCAGAUGGGCCCCGUGAUGACGCAGUUCGGUCUCUCGCCCGAAGUCGCCUCGGCCGCCAACACCGGCGACAUGCAGGCCUUCUUCCGCGCCCUCGAGAACAACUCCUCCGCCACUUCAGAAUCCAAGUCCGAAGACAAGUCCGAGGACAAACCGAAAGAUGAGAAAAAUAACGACAAAAAAGAUGGCGACGCUGGCAUGUCGCUAGAUUGAUUCGUUGUAAUGUGAUGUGUGCUGCAAAUUAUUUACUUUCGGUUCAAUUUCGUAUAGUAUUUAGUAUUAAUUUGAUGUUCACUUCUCGCUUUCAAAAAUAAAAGAAUACCUAUUCGAUAAA